AAACGCCUAAAGGGUGGGGCCUUCACGCAAAGGGCGUGGAAAGGAAAACCUGCACGGUGAGAGGGACUGCAAGUUUGAUACUGAGCGCACGGACAGGCGCAGCGUGUCACUCACCCACGCUGAAGAAGUUGGUUAUGGAGCUCGUUAGCACAUUUGCGUACACUGACAGCGCAACUGACUAAACGGACACGCGACUUGCUCAGCGACAGCCCUUUCUGUGGUCAACACAAGCAGGCAGGUGAGUGUAUGGCGUUGGCCGUCAGCGAUGUUGUCGGCGGAGUGGGGUCUGCGCGCUCAUGGGAUGCAGUGUGUGCAGGACUAAGCUGAACUUCGGCAGAGCGCUGCCGGUCACCAUGCUCUUCCUCUUCGCCUACCUUUCCUACUGCCUGACGGGGUGGUGCGAGUCGGCGCCGAGAAUCACCAGCCAGGCGGCUCUUCUGAGGGGGAAUGUGCUGUUGGAGGUCCUGUCCACUCAGCAGCAGGGUCCACGGAACGAGUCGCUCCGCGCGCUCUCGCAGCUCCUGGACUUUGGAAACGGCGUUGCGCACGAGGCGGUGAGCACAAACGGCAUGCCCGUGUCGAACACUUAUGGAAGUAAGAAGUUCCCUCAGGCCAUCAUCAUCGGCGUGAAGAAAGGAGGCACGAGGGCGCUGCUGGAGUUCCUGCGCGUUCACCCGGACGUGCGCGCUCUCGGCGCCGAGCCGCACUUCUUCGACCGCUUCUAUGAAAAAGGACUCGAGUGGUACAGGAACCUGAUGCCAAGGACUCUGGAUGGCCAGAUCACCAUGGAGAAGACACCCAGCUACUUCGUCACCAAAGAGACCCCCUCCAGACUGUGUGCCAUGAACUGCAGCACAAAGCUGAUCGUGGUGGUGCGGGACCCAGUGACCAGGGCCGUGUCCGACUACACGCAGACACUGACCAAAACCCCUGGGCUGCCCUCUUUCCAGAGCCUGGCCUUCAAGAACUCCAGCUCCGGGGCUGUGGAUGCCUCAUGGAGUGCUGUGCGUAUCGGCCUGUAUGCCCAGCACCUGGAGAACUGGCUGAGACACUUUCCUCUGUCUAGCUUCCUGUUUGUGAGUGGUGAGAGGCUGGUCAGUGAUCCAGCUGGCGAAGUAGGCCGCGUUCAGGACUUUUUGGGCCUUAAGCGCAUUGUUGGCGACAAGCAUUUCUACUUCAACCGGACCAAGGGCUUCCCGUGCCUGAAGAAGCCUGAAGGCAGCAGCAGGCCCCGCUGCCUGGGCAAGUCCAAAGGCAGGACACACCCACCCAUCUCUUCUGAGGUGCUCCAUAAACUCAGGGACUUCUACAGGCCCUUCAACCUCAGGUUCUACCAGAUGAGUGGGCAAGACUUUGGCUGGGACUGAGCUUACACCAAAAAGAGUUCUUUGGAAGAUUUUAUGGUAGAACCAAGUGAGUGGCUUCAAGUGAUCUAUCCAUGCUCUGCCCACAGUUUAGUUCUUUCACAGCAAUUGUCUUGUGGUUGGACAAGGUUGAUAGAAUACUGGCAAAAAUCCCAUUUGACUAACAAAUUGGCUUUGGAGUAGUAGUUAUGUAGUUCCACUACAUAACGUCGAGUUUAAAGUGCUACCGAGCUGGACGAUGUUGUUGUAGCUGAUUAAAACUAGUCAUAUUCGAAAAGACAACCAGUUAGCUACUAUGCUAAUCAUAGCUCAAGUACACAUGAUGCUGAAACUACUGCGGGGUGAAGAACGGUGGGGCAGUCAUACUAGGACCCAUGGUGCAGUAAUCUUUAUGGCACCUCAUACUCAUAUAGAUACUGACACACGACUCACAAAGAAUGUUUCUUAACAACAUACCUCACCAGUCAGCUUCCAUGAACACUACACAGAUAUCUCCCUCUUACUCUUAAUACAUCUCAUCCAUGAUCAUUUUUAAAAGGAUCCUGUGCAACACACAGGCUGAUAUAGCCAUGAUUUAUAAUUGUAAUAUCUUAAAUAGUACAAUGCAGACAUUCAGUAUACUAGUGGAUGGAAUGGCAUGUCUUGUGAGCAUCUCAAGAUUUGCAACAAAAUAAGUGGGUGCAGGACAGAAAGAUCAAUCAAGUUGUUACAGAAUCAUCCACUGAAAGAUUAUUUAGAGAGCCAGAAGCGGUUCUUCCAUCAUUCCAGCAAACCCUUUUUGGAACCUUUAUGCAUGAGAUAUUUCUUUACAUUAAACACCAAAGGCAUUAUCAGAGGAGGCGGUUCACUCAUUGAAAUCUGAAUAGGACAGCUUGUGACACUAAACAUGUUUUACAAGACGUCCCACCCUAUAAUAAAAAGAGUCAUUCAUCUUGUUGGGAAAAGUUUAACCAGGAAUAGCAUCUCGCCAACUCACACUUGGUUUCCACCAUUUUUUCAAUGGUUUUGUGCUGUGUGUGAUGGAUUAUGGAUGAUAGAGGUCUGAAAGGAUACCUUCAGAAAUAAAGGGUGCAUUUGAGGAGUCCUUCAAAAUGGGACAGCCUUUUUUGAUGUAACGGGUGUGAAGCGCAGCCCACUUUAACAUGCACACAAGUGUGGAUUUAGGCUAGUACUGUUGUAGAGUUUCUGAAGUCCUUACACCAGAGACAGUAUCAAAGGACCUUUUGUGGAGCCAAAACAACCCAAAGCAGCAUUGUGUUGAGCCAAAGACCACAAAAUAAUUUUGUCAGAUUUCAAACAAUGUUGCUGUAUAAAUGUAUUUCCCUAUCCAUGUUGAUAGGAGCCUGGUCUACGACUGGAAAUAAUUACCCGGGGACUUUGCUAAGUUGGCCGUCGAGUGCACAAACUUGCCUAAGGACUUUAUUACACGGUCUUUAAAAUGGAGCAAGUUGGAGUUGAAUGAAUAUAACCAAAGGAACAAGUUAUCCCAGGUAUAAUAUACUGUAUAUAGAAAUGUGAACAUGUGUUCAUGAAACUUGUGUCUCACAGUUGUCGAUGAGUCAGAAUAUUAUGUAAUGCACAACAUACUGUAUAUGACAGUAAGGACUUAAAAACAUCAUUUGAUACACAUUUUGACUUCUGGCGCUGAACAGGUACCAUCAUACUGUAUAUUUAAAGUGUAUGUAAAUAUGUUUAUCCCUUGCUAUGAUAAGCUAGUAUUGCAUGAGCGUUGUUCAAUCCAGUACAGUUUCAUGAUUUUAUGAUGGCAAAUAACCACUAUUACGGCAUUAAAAAGUUUUUUGUAGGGUUACAGGAGGUACAAUGAAAAACCGGUGUAAACUUCCAGCCACUCACAAGCUACACCUUUUAGUGUUUGACAGCAUUCCGUCUGUGUGUAAUCAUGGAUGACGCAAUCUGAGUUAGAUUUGGCCUCACAACAGUAGAAGUGUCUGGAGAAUUUGAACAGUACAAUGAAUUGCGUGUGAAAGGAACUUGAGACUUAUAGCAAGUGUGAUUCUGUCUGUUUAUCACGCACUAAAGCAUUUUCAGUGUUUUCUACUGGUGAAAUGCUUGAAGCUGAAUAUGAGAUUAAAAACUCCUUUGAAUACAA